UUUUUAUGAUACGCUUUUUUGUUACUAACAAGAGUUGACGAUAUUUUGUUAACGUAUUAUAAUUGAGAGAUUCUGAUUUCUGAAAACGGACACUAAAAAAUUUAAUUUUACAUUAACUACUACUACUUUUUUUUAAAUCUCAUUAUAUUCUAUUUUCUUUAAAUAUUUUUAAGUAUGAGAAGUUAUGCGUUCAAAAAAAAAGUUUCUAUAACAUUUGACAGAUUACCAACUCUCCAGUUUGUUUUAUAAAUAAACAUUAAUAAUCAGGUUCUACUCUGAGUUUAAAAAUAAAACAAAUUGUAUUAUAACUGCGACAUAUUUCCUUUGAUCCUUUUUGAAACAAGAUUCUUUAUAAAAACGUGUACUACGAAAACAAAAGUCUAACAAUGAAAAAUUUGUAUGUAUAAAAUCUUUAGUACUAUAAUCAUCGUGAGUUUAUACGGGUGCGGCACCUAGUGGCUACUCGUGUAGUUUUUUUACUUUACCUUUUGUACAACUUUCAACGCACUAUAGUUUUUAUAUACAAAGACGACAUCAGCUAUAAACAUAAUCAGCUGUUUCUAAAAUAAGAUAUCUGAGCAUACCGAAAGUUUUGUUCAUCACCUUAUAAGUGAAUUUACAUCGAUCUGCAUCUGCAUAAUGCAGAAAAGUAGAGAGAGGCAGAUUAUAUCAAAGGCUGAGAGAAAAUACACCAGCGGUAGGUCUUGUUUUCUUCCUAUAAAAUACGAUAACUUUUUGACAGUAUUGCGUUGCCACAGGUGUUCAAAUAAAAAAAAAACUAACAGAAACAACAAUAUAAUAAGAAUAUACUAAAAUAUUUUCGGAGAGUUGCUUAUAAUUUGGCACACAGUGCUUUUCUAUAGUCUAAAAAUGAUGUUAAUAAAUUAUUAUAAUUCUUUAUAUAGUAAAAACGCAAUUAAAUUCUCCAAAAUAGUAUAAUGUAAAAAAAAAUAUUGGAAUAAGUUGCAUGAACCUCACAAUUAAAAGUAAAUUUAAAUACAAUUCUUGAAAAAAAGUGUAACAAAUCGCACAAAAUGUGACAUAGUCACAUAGUAUUUCAAAACUACUCUCUUUAUUGAGAUGGUUUAAACGGUUCUGAGUUCUAAUUUAUGCCACCUAAGUGUUUCUUACAACCAUUUUUAAUUUGAAGAAUGAUUUCAAAAAAAUCCCAUGUAAAAGUAUCUUCAACAUUUUUUGAUUUUUGUGAUUUGCACAUUUUCAGAAGUUGUGGAGCUACAACUGGAACUUGAAUCAUCAUCGAUAAGAUUCAAUAGGGAUAAAAUUGAAUUGCUUGAUUCUUCGCUUUCAUCACUUUCAAAUAAAAACUGCAAAUUAUAAAAGUUUUUAAAAGAGAAAAGAAAUGAAAAUUAAAAUGAAUACUUCGAUCAACCACAGCAGCUUCCAUUUUGGGUAUUUGUUUAUAUUUUUUUUGCUUCGAAAUGUCACUUUUGAAAGAACGAAUUUGACACUGCUAUCAAACUUUAAAUAAUAAAAAUAUGAUGAUCCAAUGCUGUUUUAUUAUCAUGAUCUGAUCCGGAUCAGAUCACGGUGAUAAUAAAACGCGGCUAUUAUCAUCAUUUUCAUAUGCUUUGGAUUGAUCGCCGAACGCGACCAUGUGAUUUAAACAUUGCUCAAAAUUAUUUGUAAACGCACCUAAAUACAAAACAACAACAGUUGUACCCUGACCAAAUGCAAUAUGAACUUUGCUUAUUGUCAAAAACUCGAUCUUGUUUUACUUUUUUAAUUUUGCUUUUACGUUUGCAUUAAAUUUCAUUAUAGAAAUAGGGCUGAAAAUUGAUUAUAGUUUUUGUUUAUUAUUUGGACACAUUUUUAAUCGUAUUUGCAAGAGUAUUUAGUACAAAAUAAAAAUACUGCGAAUGAGUAUACAAGACAAUCACACAGAUCUGCGCCAUAAUAACUUCAAGGAAUGGAAAGUGAUACAAAGUAGCAUGAAUUAUUACCAAUAUAAAAUGGAGAUAAUAAACCAGGUUUUCUCAAUGCCUAACCCCGAGUUAAAUAUACACACCCAAAGUGAAAAAGCGGACCAAAUACAAAAGCAAAUUCGACGAAAGUUUAGUUUCCCAGCAACACUGCAUUCUGUAUCAUUGCUUGAAACUAACUCAGCUACAAGUACUCGAAGACGAUUGAGCAACGUAAGCGAUGUUGUGACCCGCAAACUUUCGUAUACAAUAGGAUGGAAAGCUACGCAGAAUUCAUCUCGAGACAUCAUAACACAGGGAAAAUGCCUAUGUGGCCAAUACAUCAAACGCCGUCUUCGACGCUCUGGAUUAUUUAACAAAAAACUCGGCUUGCAAAGGAUAAGAAGUAUAUUAGGCGCAUCUUCCAUAUCGACUGUUCGCGAAGUUUUUCCAUCACUUAUGAUUUUAGGUGAUGAAUUAGAACGAAUGCACCCUCGUAUUUACACAGGGGUUGGAAGACAAGUACUUUGUUCACCAAGUGGGGACUUCUCAUCAUCGGACACGGUAGCUAUUCUUAUAAGUGCUGUUGCCCGCGAACUUUUCCGAAUAGAAAUUACAUGGGGGAAAAUAAUAUCGUUAUUUGCUGUGGCUGGAGGACUUUCUGUUGAUUGCGUACGGCAGGGACAUUCAGAUUAUAUACCCACACUGUUAGAGGCUGUUUCAGACGUUAUAGAGGAGGAAUUGGUGCUGUGGAUCAAUGAAAAUGGUGGAUGGAGCGGCCUAAUCUCCUAUGUCCAUCAAUCAAAUUCUGAGUUUUAUCCUUUAGAACGGACAACGCAUUUGGUAGGAUGCGCUUUCUUAUUAUUUAUUGCCAUUAUAACUACUCGGUUUGUUGGAAAUUAUCUCCUACCAUUAAUAUAUCUGGGACAAGAACGAGAAACAUAAUAUUAAAAGAUAUCAGUUUCAUCAUUUUGAAAGCAAAUAAUAUGAUUAAAUAAUAAAACAAAUAGAAACACCA